ACCUCUCUCUGUAUCUGUUUUGGUUGUUCUCUAUGAAUGUGUGUAUAUAAACUGUGCGUUGUCCCAGUAACAAGACCUCCACCACAAAAACAUGCUCUAAAUCUAACGUGGCAUCUUAGAGGAGGGGGGGUGCGCGGUGUGACUGUCCCACCUAUUUCUGUUGCAGCGGAGGCACACGUGUGCAGUAAACUUAAAAAAAGAAGAAAAAAAAAGUCAUAAGGCCCGGCCGGCUGUCAUUUAUAGAAUCUUAGAUGUAAUCCUCUAAUUAACACAUCUGCUAUUCUGAGCCUUGUUACCCUGCUGAGGGCCGGACGAGGAAGACGAGGGGGGGAUGAGGAAGAUGUUCGCUGCAGGACUUGAGUCGAAGCUUUAAAAAGUAGAUGUUUGUUUUAUUGCCUUCYGCCGCUGUGGGAGUUAAAACUGUUUUUUAUAGACCGAGAAGCACCAAAGGGAGGUGGGAUCUGAUAAAACCGGGUGUUUUAAAGUGUCUUUGUUCACCAUCAUGAAGCGUCACUCCGGCUUGUGUCUGCAGACAGAGAAAAUAUGCAUGUGUCUCACAAAGGUGUGUAUGUGUGGUUUAUAAUCUGACGCUCCCAUAUCUGCGUUUGCCACAAAGCUCAUCAAAUCAAUGCGACCCAUUUCCCCUGUGUACAUCUCCUUUGUUGGACGGUGGGGUGACGUAAGGCUGUGUUCUCAGUCGUGUGUGAUCAUCUGUAGGGGUGUCCACAGUGAUGAGAUGAGGUCAGUCAGCGUGCAGCUGGCCUCCCCACUAGACAUCUUGUAUAUACUUAAUUGUCUUCCUUUGGAUCUGGGCAGUGACUUAAUGGGCCUGCGGUCCAUCUGACCUGGUUUGAAUGUAAUCAGUGCGCCCAAACAGAUAGAAAGGAGGGGUAGUUGACUGGCUUUUUUUGUGUUUUUUUAUGAGUUUGGUGCAAAAGAUUGAUUUUUUUAAGGGUUUGUGCAAAGUGGUGUUUAGGAAAUUGAUGACUUCUACAGUUGGGAAAAGUAAAAGUGAUUAAAGUUCCAUCUGAGGACCCAGUGUGCAGGCGUUCCCGUCAGUAGCUCUCUUGUGACUUGUGAUCUAAAUUGUUAUCAUUCCGUAGAAAAGAACCGGGAGAACAAUGGAGAACGGCUGAAUACCAGAAACCUGUUUGGGCUCCUCAUCACCUCUCUCCCUGGUUUUCAUCAUCUGGCUUCCUUUUGCUUUUGCCAAGCUUCGCUCACUGUUGCGUCCGAAAAUGAGAACAAAUUGGAACAUUAGACGAUCCAGCAACGCGAGAAACRUUUAUGAAGUUGCACACAUUACAUCACCUUUGGCGGAACAUCGUCUGUAAACACACAAAAGUCUUAAACCUUUUAAAGUUCUGUGUGAACCUGCAUCAUCGAGGUAAAAACAAGAAAAAAAGCUUAAUUUGAGAGUAAAUGUCUUGAUUAUUUUGCACAAAAGCUGCCAUGUUUUAAAUCAAAUGAAUGAAAGCAUCAUCAACAAACAUGUUUACGUGAGAUCUGACUUCACUGUGUCGCACUCAAUCAGCUCUUUACUGUGAUUGGACGACACAGACGUCAUAAAGUGUUUUUACUGCACUAAAGCUUGUCAGCUUCAUCUUUGCUUCCAUUCUGCCCAGAUAGACUGCUUCAUAGCUGGGCCCCUGAGGUGGCUGCAUACUUGCUGGAUGAGUAAGGAAUGUGGUUACGUGCCUUAGAUAUUAGCUAUGACGGGAGCGCUGGCUCCACGAGAGAGGGAGGCAGCAGAGGAGGAAGAAGAGAGGAGAAGGAGGAGGGCGGGAUGUCGGCUAGAGUCUGAGCUCACGGCAAGUGAGCUCAUUCAACCUCAGAGCUCGAAGAGGGAGUGUGGCUCCGUCAUCCUUCUCACAGCGGCAGUCCGAGGAGGAGGGAGAGGGAGGAGCGCGAGCCGGCGCCGCGGCGAAUCAGAGGCGAGGAGAGUGGAGCAGAACAACAAUAGUGGGCUGCUCUUCUGGCUCUGGACUCAGAGACAGAGGGAGCGCUCAGAGAUACACACAGACGCUGUGUAAAGCAGCUGCAGGCGGAUCACAGCUGCUGUUUACAUCCAGACGUUACAGGCUACUCUUUMUUUUUUUGUGUGUUUUUCUUUUUCCUGUGCUCUCUCUGAACCACUCUUCAGAAAACCACAAAAUUCUUAAAUAUUGACUUUGGAGCAUUCAAGGAAUUUUUGUGGGUUAAUUCCCGGGACUUUUGCCAUAUGUUGACUUGAGGACAUUUUGGACUUUUUUUUGCUCUGAGUGAAAAGUGAAGCAAUCAUUGGAGCAGCAUCAUUUUUGACUCUUGUCACCCCUUCCAGGAAGAACAUUUCUGUUUGUUUGUUCUGAUAUUUUUUMUUCUUUCUUUGGCGCGGGGUCGUUCCAUCCCUGAAGAAAGAGGYGCCGGAACAUUUUUUUGCAUCUGCGUGAAAGCAGAGUUUGUAUUAGGAGGUGGGGGGUGAUGCCUUUGGAUGUGGUGAUUGCCCCAGCCGAGGACUGCUUUUGGCCGGACCUGCAGGACACAGACAUGAGGCUGAAGAUCAGGGUCCGCAGGAUGAAGCAGGGAAGAGAGCUCAGAG